AUGGCCAGGACUCAUGGGCUGGGUGCCCCUCCUCCCAGCCGUUGGGUCCCCCUCGUCCUGCAGCUCCUGUCCAGCUGCAGCCCCGGGAACGGGAAGGCCGACUUCCAGGUCUCAGGGCCCAGCGAGCCAAUCCUGGCCACCGUGGGGAGCACCGGGGACCUGCCCUGCCGCCUGACCCCCAACAUCAGCGCAAGGGACAUGGCGCUAUGCUGGUACAGGGACCAGCCCUCGGCGGCCGUGCACGUGUGGGACCGCGGCAGAGACGCGCCCGAGGCGCAGAUGGGGCACUACCGGGGCAGGACCUCCCUCCUGGGGGCCCACCUGGCCCAGGGCCGGGCCACCGUGCGCAUACACAACGUCUCCGCCUUCGACAACGGGACCUUCCACUGCCGCUUCACCGACGGCACUGCCUCCGCGGGGACCACGCUGUGGCUGAGGGUGGCAGGGCUGGGCUCGGAGCCCAGAAUCCACGCGCCAGUGCACGGGGACCGCGGGGUCCGGGCGGAGUGCACCUCGACCGGCUGGUUCCCGGAGCCCCAGGUGGAGUGGACGGACCUCCAGGGACAGGCCCUGCCUUCUGUAACCAACCUCUCCGCCUCGCCGGAGACUGGCCUCUUCGCCGUGGUGUCCAGCGUGGCCCUGGGGGGCAGGGCCCUGAAGGGCGUCGCCUGCUCCAUCUCCAGCCCCCUGCUCCAGCAGAGGAAGGUGGCCGAGCUCCGCCUGCAUGCUUCCUCUUCCAGGAGGGCCACGCUGGGCUGGAGAACGGCCCUGCCGCUCCUCGCCGCGGCGGGGAUCACAGUGGCUGGAACCCUCUGCCUCUUCUGGACGCGCCAAAGGGAGGAGAAGCAGCAGCAGCUGGAGGAAGUGAAGGCGUGUGGGCCCCGGGAGCAGCCGGCCAGCGGGCCUGGGGACGCCCCGAUACCCGAGAGCCUGUCCCUGGACCCCGACACCGCCAGCCCCAAGUUGGCCCUGUCUGCGGACGGGAGGAGCGUGGCGCGGCUGCUGCUGGAGCGGGAGCUGCCUGAUGGCCCCGGCAGGUUUGACCGGGACCCCUGCGUUCUGGGCCGCGCACGCCUGUGGGCCGGGCAGCACUGCUGGGAGGUUGAGGUGGGGAACAGGAGCGCCUGGACCCUGGGCGUGUGCCUCGAGAGCCUGCAGCGCAAGGGGCGGGUCCCCAAGUCGCCCCAUCACGGGGUCUGGGCAGUGGAGCUGCACAGGAGGGCGCUCUGGGCCCUCACCUUCCCCAGGGUGCGCCUGCGGCCCCGGGGGCCCCUGCAGCGGGUGCGUGUGCUCCUGGACCUCAAGGCCCGGGAGGUCGCCUUCCACAGCGGGGAUGACGGCUCCCUCCUCCACACCUUCUCUGGGCUCUCCUUCUCGGGCGCCCUCCGGCCAUUCUUCUGUCUCUGGACACACGACCCCAGACCCCUAACCAUCUGCCCCGGGCCCCAGGGCCCGGAGGCCUCAGAACCUCCCCAGGGUCAGGGACAGGAGCGGGAUGCAGGCCCCCCUCCAGGGCCCAGGCUCCCCCCGCCCAGCCCAGCCCACUGCAACCGCUCAGCCUCCUGA